CGCGGGCGCGUCGAGAGACAACCGACACGGCUUGCGUGCCGCGUUCGUUUCACUCUUCACUCUCUCCGUUUGCGCGCGCCCAUCGUCGAAGGAGUGAUCGGUGCGCGUGCCGCGCGUGCGACUGGUUCCGAGAGGCCAACACGACGCUACCUUGUGCCGGCCGGUUGCCCCCGGAAGACAACGUGCCGGGCACGCGACUGCGGCCGUUUGGACAGUGGGGCGGAGAGCCGCGUGACGCUGCCGCCGGGCAUCAGUGGUAGAAAGGGAAAUCGACGCUGGUGUUGGUUGCGACCGUAGCAUGAUCAACGAAUCAUGGCAAGCCGUUGCGAUCGCCGCCAGCGGUGCCUUCUCCUUCGGAUAACGAAGGCUCCUCGGAUUAUCGCGUCCUCCCUUGUUGCACUCCUCCUCUGCGCUGCGAUCGCCGCCGAUGAAGCGUCCAGCCACGAACAACUAGGAGGUGAAGGUGACCGCGCGCCACGCAUCACAGAGCAGCCGGUGGACGUGGUGGUCCGCAAGCACGAGCCGGUGACUCUGCGGUGCGGCACCGAUGGCGAACCUCCUCCGCGAAUCGCGUGGUUCCACGACGGGAGGCCCGUGCGCGACUCUGCCACGCGCAUGGUUCUGCCCGAGGGACAGCUGUUCUUCCUGCAAGUGCAGCACAGCCGCCGGGAACAGGACACCGGACUCUACUGGUGCACGGCCACCAAUGCCUUGGGUACAACCCGCUCCCGAAACGCUAGCGUCGAACUCGCCGCGCUCCGCGACGAGUUCCGCCAGCUGCCCAAGAGCGUCCACGCGGCGGCGGGCGACUCGGCGACGCUCGAGUGCGUGCCUCCCAGGGGCCAUCCCGAGCCCACGGUCACCUGGUUCAAGGACGGCGUCCAGGUGCAGCCGGGCACGGGGCGCGUCCGCCUCCUGGCCCAGGGCGCGCUCCUGAUCGCCGACGUGCGGCCCUCCGACCAGGGCCGCUACGUGUGCCGGGCGGCCAACAUGCUCGGCACCAGGGACUCGCCGCCCGCGUUGCUCUCCGUGCACACCAAGCCCUAUUUCAUCAGGGUCCCAGAAGACGUGACUGCACUCGCUGGAGAAUCUGUCGAGUUUCUGUGCAAGGUCAACGGCGACCCGAAGCCAACAGUGACAUGGCGGAGAAAGGAUGGAAAGAUGCCAAUCGGCAGGGCAUACGUUCAAGAGGACAAGUCUCUUCACAUUAAGAACGUUGCUCCUUCGGACGAGGGUUCAUACGCAUGUGAAAUAGAAAACAUCGUAGGCUCAACCUCAGCUUCUGCAACACUUGUUGUACAUUCACGCCCAGCAUUCCGCCUCACACCCAUGAAUCAGAAAGUGGGGAUCAACGGUGUCGCCAAGUUUGACUGUCUUGCGACCGGGAACCCCCCACCCUCCGUGUUCUGGACUCGAGAAGGCAGCCAGGUGCUGAUGUUUCCGGGCAAGUCACAUGGCCGCUUCUCGGUGAGUCAAGAGGGCACGCUGACCAUCAUUGGGGUGCGAAGGGAAGACCGGGGCUACUACGUCUGCUCGGUGAUCUCUGCGGUGGGCUCCAGCAUGGCUAAGGGUCGCCUGGAGGUCAACGUUCUCACGGACGUGCCGCCCCCCAUCAUACGCUUGGGUCCGGCCAACCAGACCCUACCAGUGCGCACCACCGCCCAGUUGCCGUGCGAAGUUGCUGGCACACCCAAGCCCACCGUGCAGUGGUUCUACAGCGCCGCUCCACUAAGCAUCAAAGAUCGACCGAGAUUCAAGCUACUUGGGUCUGGCACGUUGCAAAUUCGAGACCUCCAAUUGUCUGACAGUGGCCUGUACACUUGUAAGGCUUCAAGUGAAAACGGUGAGACGUCUUGGACUGCGUCACUCGCGGUGGAGUCACCACAUAAUCCAAACGUGAACUUUCAUCGCUCUCCUGAGCCAUCCACGUUACCUGGUCCUCCAUCACAGCCGCUCGCAGUAAACACAACAGAAACUUCGAUAAGCCUUACUUGGAGAGGCAGCGAAAACAUGGGCGCGUCGUCGCUGAAGGGAUACACAAUUGAGUACCAUAGCAGUGAUCUGCAGAGUGGCUGGAUUCUGGCAGCUCAUCGAGUGCUUACUGAAACCUACACUAUCCAGGAUUUGCAACCCGACUCUCGAUAUAUAUUCAUCGUCCGCGCUGAGAAUUCGCACGGUGUUGGACUUCCAAGUCCUAUCUCUGAAAUUAUACGAACUCCAGGACUUGCACCACAGUUUGACCAAGACCCUAACCUUGAUGAAGUGCGAGAGAAACUUAGCGCCAAUGUAGUGACCCUGAAUGACAUACGCACCAUGAGCUCAACUGCCGUCAAGCUGACUUGGAAGGUACAGGGCAGCAGAGACGUUGUGGAGGGCUUUUACAUUCGUUUUCGGGACCUCAGCGGCAGCUCGGAAACAUACAACAUUGUUACUGUUUUGAAUGGUGAAGCCCUCUCAUACGUGCUGAACGAUUUGAAGAAGUUCACAAAGUACGAAAUUUUUCUGGUGCCAUUCUGCAGAAGUGUCGAAGGGCCACCCAGCAACUCGAGAACAGUUCAAACGUUGGAAGAUGUCCCAACAGCACCGCCAGAUGGCGUGGAAGUCCAAGUUCUGAAUGGAACAACUGUCACUAUACUCUGGUCUCCGCCUCCACCUCAACACCGCAAUGGAAGGCUCAGAGGAUACAACGUGUAUGUGGACGGAAACUCUUCAGAUCUGCAUCUCAAUAAAAGCACAAACUCCACAACUAACAUGCUCACUUUAAACAACUUGACGACAGGGAUUUUAUAUGAAGCACGUGUGGUUGCAGCGACAACCGUCGGCGGCGGACCAGCCAGCAGCCCCAUCCGUUUCAAGAUAGAAGGCACAUCAUCUUCAACUUACAUUUCUCGACCUUUCGAAAAGAUUGUUAAGCAGCCAUGGUUCAUUGCACUUAUCGGUUUCCUGCUCCUUGUAGCUGCAACAAGUUAUGUCCUGUUUUUAAUGCGAAAACGUCGACUUGAACAAGCGAAGGCUAUUACAGCAGCCCAAGAAAAUAAGCCACAAGACAUCAGGAACUGCUUCAGUUCCGUUACUGCUCGUGCUUGCCUUAGCCAUCAAGAAGCCUCGUGGAUUAACUAUAGUGCCUGGAGGCCCUCUGAGCAACCUAAGGUGGCCUUCUGUGAAACCCAACUUCUCAACAAAAUGAACUGCGCUUCAAACGAGCAUAACUAUUCCAGCGUUUAUGCAACUUUAAAUUGCGACAUGAAUGCACCUGAGUACGCAGAAGUAGACGGUCACAAUUUGACAACUUUCAACAAGAAGUACGCUCGCUCGGUCCUAGAGCCGUACGCCACCACCACAUUGAUAAAGUCUUCGUUUCAGAAGAGCCGAAACGCUUCAAGCACAGAUGCUGGCAGUGGAUGCUCGCCGACAGAAGGGAGCAGAAAGCCUGGAAGAGCUUCAGACCUUGAAAUGAGGCACGCCAACGAAGAUGGCGUCUCAGAUCGGCUGCUGAGAGAAAACAGACUUGCUAGUCCAGAAAGCGAGUCAGGUAGCUACAGAGGAGGUGAAUAUGGGAUGCCUACCAAAAAGAGUCGUUUAAAAAUUUCACGCGGUGGAGUUUUCGCUAAGGUACCUGUGAUGAAUUGGUCAGACAUCAUUCCUCCUCCACCAGAGAAGCCACCUAGCGAGGCGGGGUCUCGACCGAAUACUCCUGCAUCCUUCAGAGAACCAUCGCUCCAUGAUAUACAGAUUAAGCAAAAAGCGCAAGGCUGUCGACGACAGGAAUUACUCAGCAGCGCGCUCAUGGACUUGGCAGCGCAAUCAUCCUUGCCAUCACUAGACAGCGACCCUCCGUCUUUGGGUCUCGCAGAGGAAUCAAGAGCACAGUUGAGGAACCUCAAUGGUCAUAUUUACCAGGAGGCUGAUGCAGAUUCAGAUAUGGAGGACAUGUCACGAAGACCGUCACUACAGUCCAGCUUGGCUGGGGACACAGAUUGUGUGUCAAGCGAGGCUGAGCAGAGCAACAGCUCCUGCACAAGUGGCUGCUCUAGCGGAGCAAGUUCAUACGAUGACUCUGUCUACAAUGAAGUGGACUUUGCCAGGGCAUUUUCGAAGGCAGCAAAAAUUGCUGAUCAUCGAGUCAACGGGUCAACCAUCAUGACAGAACGCCCAGCAGCAAGGCGAGGUGGUGGGAACAAUAGUCCGGGGGGACUGAAUCACCAGGAAGAUAACGAUGUCGCGCACGCACAUCAACAUAGGAGCAAAACGCUAAUUCAUCAAGUGAAGAAUAACGUUUGCAGAAUCCAAUUCCCAGAUUCAGCCGUUGUCCUUUAGCCCACCUAGUCAGAAGUUUCCAGGGGAGGGAGCAAUCCGGCACGCUCAAGAAAGCUCAUCUAUGCACAAGACUGAAGUGGACUCCUGCAUCAGGGAUCUACGCGAAACGUGUCCUUUCUUCAGCUAAUGUGCUCCUGUGCUUUCGACAAACAGUGACGACCUUCCUGUGGAAUAACUAAGCGAUAUCCUGCCAAAUACGGAUGCAAAGAUAUUUAUGGAAAGCGCUCUAGUGCCAGCCUUUGGUGUUACCUUCGUAGCAGUCCUUUCAGUCGCUGAGAAAAAGAGAGCGUCUCCGCUUACGGGAGAAGCAAAUUAUGCAAGACCAUGUGAUAUGUGCCAAAUAUGAAGUGCCAUGCAAUGUUAAGACAACGAGACGCACCUCAUGAAGAGGCGGCUGUACGUUCCGAGGGUGCACGAGUGUGUGGUGCGUGUAUGUAUGUGCGCGUGUGCUUACGUUACGUGAGACAUUUGUGAAGAUUUCACCCUCGACGUGCACACGUGGACGCGAACACAACUAUUUGUGUGUGUGUUGAAACUCAGCGCAAUCAGUGGUGGCUAUCCCAAGCGCCUGCCAACAGCCACCCACUGCUGGCCAUUUCCAAGCAUAUCACUGGACUCAGCUCUACAUGUUGUUUUAUUGUGAUGAUUGACACCCCGCUCUAGGGAAUUCGUCCUAGGUGGCAAAGCAUUUGCUAUCCGUUUCACUCCUCGGUUUUGUGCAUAGGUAAAUGUGCGUGGGUUGAUUGUCCUCACACUUUAAUUUAUUGUUGCAAGUUUUUAUUUAAAUGAACAUUUGCAGGUUUGAAAAUGUGUGUACAAAGUAAGAGAAACUCGCUAGAAAUAAAAGUCACUGCCGCCAACUUACGAAAACUUGGCCAUAUGUGUGUUCGCUAGGAUGAAAGAUCAUUGCCUGCAACCUAAUACCUAGAGAAGUGGAUAGUGAACAACCAAGCAAUAAAAAGUAAACUUAAAAUUCUAGCCGUUUGGGCUAGCUGGUAUGUCAUGAUUAAUGAGGAGAGCGGUAGCACGAUGUUUCGCCCAACCAUU